UUCUUUAUCAUCGUCAGUUUUCUUGCUUCAGCUUGUUCCCCUUUGUCGCCGGUUUACCCCCUUUAUCUUCCAUUUAUUAUUAAAAAAGAAAAAGGAAAGACUUAAGCCAGGCGCUUAUGCCUAACAUUUUGAAGAAAGGAAUUUCACUAUUUUCCUUUCAUGACUUUUCGGCAGAAUAAGAAAGCGUCGUGGUUGCCUCUGCACAUGCCAGCAAAAGGAAUGCAAUAGGGAGAGCAGUGGGCACUUUGUGUUUUCCCUUGUGGAGUAUCUUGAAGAGAAAUGGAGCAAGUGACCUGGGUUAUUGAAGUUAAUGAAAAACUUAAAAGCAUGGUCGACACUGAGAAAGAGAAGGAACAUUGGAUGAAGCGAUCAAUCUAUAGAAUACCUACCGGUAUCAAAGACCUAAACAAGAAAGCUUACAUGCCUCAGGUAGUCUCCUUCGGCCCUUACCAUCAUGGCAAAGAUCAUCUGAAGCCCAUGGAGGAGCACAAACAACGAGCACUCCUUCAUUUUCUUAGGAGAUCGGGAAAAUCCUUAGAGUCGUUUGUCGAGUCUUUAGCUGAAGAUGUGGAAAAUUUGAAAGACUGUUAUGAUCAACUUGAUCCAAUAUGGCAAGAUGACAACAAAUUUCUGCAGCUGAUGAUUCUUGAUGGCUGUUUCAUGCUGGAAAUGUUACGCUCUGCUACUCAUACAAUGGAAGAUUAUGAUACAAUGGAAGAUUAUGCUCCGAAUGACCCAAUCUUCAGCAAUCAUGGGAAGAUACAUAUUAUUCCAUUUAUCAAACGAGAUAUGUUAAUGCUCGAAAAUCAAUUGCCAAUGCAAGUUAUUGACAGCUUAGUUGCUGUUGAUAGCAAUAGAACUAAGGAUGAAGAUUUUGUCAACAAACUUAUAAUCAAGUUUUGCUCCCCUAGUACGCCAGUCUCAUGCAUGGGACGUUGCUUGCACGUCUUGGAUGCGUAUAGAAAAAGUCUGCUUCAGGACACACCUGGACUUCGGCAAAGAAAACGUCACCGUAAACCACGUAGCUCACACCAUCAAGAUGGCGAUGACAUCAUUAGAUCUGCAAUGGAGCUUAAUGAAGCUGGAAUCAGAUUCAAGAAAAGUAAAACUGUCAGCCUCAAGGACAUUACAUUCCGUGGCGGGGUCCUUAAGCUUCCUGUUAGCGUUGUAGAUGAUGCCACGGAGUCUAUGUUUUUAAAUCUAAUAGCAUUUGAACGUUUCCAUGUUGGGGCAGGCAAUGAGGUGACAUCCUAUAUCUUUUUCAUGGAUAAGAUCAUCGACAGUGCGAAGGAUGUUGCCCUUUUACACUCCAGAGGGAUCAUCCAGAAUGCCCUUGGAAGUGACAAAGCAGUGGCUAACCUCUUCAACUCGCUCUCAAAAGAUAUUACGCUCGACCCCGAUAGCAGCCUAGAUGAGGUGCACAAGAAAGUGAACAGGUACUGCAAGAAAGCUUGGAAUGAAUGGCGGGCCAAUCUCAUUCACACCUACUUCAGAAAUCCAUGGGCUAUGCUUUCUCUGAUUGGUGCCAUCUUUCUUUUUGCCCUCACAAUAGCACAAACUAUAUAUACUAUAUAUCCUUACUACCACAACUCUCCUACCCCAAGUUGUGAAACAUGCCCACCACUUAUGGCUCCUCCACCGCUCAGUCCACCACCUACAGCCCCUCCACCAGUACUGCCCAUUCCCAAACAUAAGGUUCCUCCACAAUCCUAUCAAACUCACCAUUGA